GUGGGCGUGCGGGCGGGUGUUGUGAUCGCGUGGACGUUGACGGUUCUUGGUUGUGCGUGGGUGACGACGACGAGGGUCAAGGUCGAGGACGCGUUUUUGAGAAAGAACUUUGGGGAUGAGUGGGAUAGGUAUGCGGAGAGGGUGAGGUACAGGCUUGUUCCUGGCGUG